AUGGUCGGUGGGAAGAAGGACCUACGCGCCGUCUUUGGCGACGACCUCUCCGGCGUGGUGCUCAUCGACGACAACGCCCACGACAUCGUCCCCGAAGAUCAGCUCGACCACGCCGUCUGUGUCGACCACUGGCGUGGAGACCCAUCGACGACACCCCAGGCCCUCGCAAGUCUCAAGAGAGCAGCCAAGGCCCUGGCCAACAAGCAAAGUGUCCGUAAUGGUCAAGUGCUUGCCGAUGAUGUCGAUGAGGAUGACUACGACCAACUCGCUCAAGCUGCAGCUGCAGCUGCAAUGUCGGAUCUAGAGCGUCAACACAAGGAGGCCAAGGCUGCCAUCGAGGAGACCCGUUGGAGACGAGCUAGCGCCAUGCGCGCCUGGCUGAUGGCUGUGGCCAGGGAGAGGUGCAAGUGGGCGGCUGUCAAGAAGCAGGUCGGUGUCGAGGAGGUCUGCGUCGAGGAGGUCUGCGUCGAGGAGGUCUGUGUCGAGGAGGUCUGCGUCGAGGAGGUCUGCGUCGAGGAGGUCCCCAUCGAGGAGGACUUCAAUCAAGGGAGAUUCAUCUUCGACUUCUUCAUCACCCUCAUCAUCAUGCUUGGAGCUUGGGUGAUGUGGAAUGGCCAUGUCGAGGAGGGCCUCACCAAGGAGGAGGAGGUGCCCAUCAAGGAGCUGGCUGUCGAGGAGGUUGGCAUCGAGGAGGUCGGCAUCGAGGAGGUCGGCAUCAAGGAGGUCCAUGUCAAGGAGGUCGGCAUUGAGGAGGUCGGCGUCGAGGAGGUCGGCAUCAAGGAGGUUGGUGUCGAGGAGGUCGGCGUCGAGGAGGUCGGCGUUGAGGAGGUUGGCGUCGAGGAGGUUGGCGUCGAGGAGGUCAGCGUUGAGGAGGUCGGUGUCGAGGAGGUCGGCGUCGAGGAGGUCGGCGUCGAGGAGGUCGGCAUCGAGGAGGUCGGCGUCGAGGAGGUCAGUGUCAAGGAGGUCCACAUCGAGGAGGACCACACGGUCAAGCCCCAUCAGAGGAGGAGGCCAGCGAGAGUGAGGCCUGCAGCAACCUUCAAGGGACGGCUCUUCUCAAGUGCAUCAUCGAUGUGGCGUACCAUUGGCCUGCCAUAA